AUGUCCCAUAAGGUCACGGACUCGGACGUGUCUUCUUGCUCUGCAAUCACGGACAUCCGGAUUCCGGAGCGCAUCGUCGUCAGUAUUCAUUCUGAACCCUUUUGCUUAUCAAGGAUCAUCCAACCGCCUCGAUCGAGCAACAAUGUGCCCAGCGAAGCACGUCGCCUCGAUGACCAUAUCAUCGUAACCUUCACGGAAGACGGCGGAUUCGACACCUCUCGGGAAUCAGGAGUCAGUGACGCGGAGGUUUGCUGGCCUGCCUCGCUCAUCGAUAAAGCUCAAGACGAGAACGGCGUGUGA